GUCUUACCACAGAAGGGAGAAAAGAUACAACUCUGUACUUCAAAAUGCCACCAUCGUCAACUCUGCUUAAACCCCAAACCUCCCAAAUCUUCUCUUUGUUUCCCAAUCCAUUCUCCCUCUCUAACCCUAAUUCCCAAAUCUCAACUCAAUCCCUUACAUUUCUUAGAAAACCCAACUCAUUCUCUCUCGCAGUUUCCACAAAUUCAUACUCAUCUUCUUACUCACAAAACCAAAGCUCAUACUCAGUAGCUGAAGAAGAAGAUGAUGUAAUUGGUGAUUGUGUCGUCUUUGAAGAAGGAAUUUUUGAAGACUCAUUUCUUGAAAAAAAUGAAUUUGAUUCUGAGAAACCUAGUAGUAAAAUUAUAUCAAAAACACCAGUCAAGGAAGAAACUUUGGUACCAGAUAAUUGGAGAGAAGUGCAAGCUGAAAUCAAUAUUACUAAGAAAGAAAGAAGAAAAAUUAUGCAUUCCAUUGAAUUUGGUAGUAAAAUUCAGAAGAAAAACAAAGGGGUUCCUGUGACUAGUACAGUAGAAUUUUUGUCUUAUAGAGAGUAUAAGUUAGCUCAAUUGAAUCCUGUUGUUCUUGAUAACCCUGAUUUUGAUUUGAAAGAGGAUGAGAGGGACGAUGAAAUGAUUUCUUCUUCGACUGCUACAUCAAGCAGUAGCAACCGAGUGGCUCCUAGGAAUCCUAGAUUGGCUGUUUAUCAGGGUACUUUUGAUGAUAUAACUGAUUUCUUUAAUAGUGGUGAUUAUGUACCUGGAGCAAACAGUGACAAGAAAUCAGAUGGUCCUCGUAAGUUGUUUUCGAAGGAAGAAAAGUUUCUCUUGAAUAGGCGCAUACCUAAUCUGGAGGACGCUGCUUCAGGAAAAUGGCUACCGUUACACACUCUAGCUGCUUCAGGAGAGUUCUUCCUUGUGGAUGCCCUGAUGAAGCACAAUGUUGACAUCAACGCUGCAGAUAAGGAUGGUCUGACUGCACUUCACAAAGCAAUACUGUGUAAAAAGCAAGCUAUUACCAACUAUCUUUUGAGGGAAUCAGCAAACCCUUUCGUUCGUGAUAAAGACGGAGCAACCUUAAUGCAUUAUGCCGUCCAAAGUGCCUCAACUCACACAAUCAAAAUUCUUCUUCUGUAUAAUGUUGACAUAAACCUCGCAGAUGAUGAUGGAUGGACACCAUUGCAUAUUGCUGUUCAAGCCCGAAGAACGGAUUUGGUGAGGCUUUUGCUUAUUAAAGGAGCUGAUAAGACGCUAAAGAAUGGGGAUGGCUUAACCCCACUUGAUCUUUGUCUAUACUCUGGUCGAGACACGAGGACUUACGAGCUUAUCAGAUUAUUAAAGCUGUUUCCCAAGUCCAAACAACAUCAACUACUUUGACAGCUUACAUACUUACCUACCUGUCUUUCUUUGAGUUCAUGUUAUACGUAAUUGAGUUUCACUUGGACGUCAACAUUGUUGUAUAGUAUUCACCACUACCCUCUUUCAGGUGUAGAGUUACAUUUUAAAAGUGCUCCCUUUUAAAAGAAUCCUAUUAUUAUUGGGGCUUAAAAAAGGAGGGGAUUUUGGGGGCUUAUGGGGUCAUGAAAUAAUAAUUCAUUGAGCCCCUUAUCAUGGUACUUUUGUAAUACCCAUUCUACCCGUUAUAUGAUUAGUACUAAUUAUAUUGA